AUGAGCGAUGUGCUCCGAAAUUUACGAGAAUUUCGGAAAGAAAAAGAGAAAAUAAAGUUGGAAAAAGAGGAAAUCAAAGAGGAGAAAAUUGAGAAGAAAGUGGAGAAAAAGGGAGCGAAAAAUGGGAAAGAAUGGGAUUUUUUGUUGAAGGCUGAGCCGGUGUCAGAGGAUUAUGAAGACCGCCAAUGGAUCUCCACCCCGGUCGCCUUCGUUCUCUACGUGAUUGGCCAAUCUUUGGCUAUUUGGACCGAAUUCGGAUGUGUCUUCCUCAUUGUUUCGCUCAUUUUCUUCACUUAUUGGAAUACUGGAAGACGUCGUCAAGGGGAGAUGUCAGCCUACUCGGUAUUCAAUCAAAAUUGUGAACGACUCGCUGGAAGUAUGACGGCCGAACACUUUGAGAGAGAUAUGUUGAGGCAGAGGAGGUGA